CUACGUACGUACUUUGCACAUAUAGUGCGGAAUGUGUUUUCUUUUCCAAAUUCUAUCUUUCUUGUUUACACAUGAUAGUGAGAUCUGUGUCGAGUUUUGCGACGGAUAAAUUUCGAAUUUCAUUUAAUUUUCCGCGAAUCUGGCGAUCAGUCGCUGAUUCGCGUCUCUCAUAGUAUUGUGUGGUGUAGAUUUCUUGAUUGUGUCUUGUUUACGAAGCGAGGUUAUAUUCCAGUGCUUAAAAUUGUGUUUACCGUAUUUAUACUUGUUUUUCGGACGAUUUUCGUAUGUAAUGGGAGAAAGCGAUUGGAGACCGUUCAUCUACGGCGGUUUAGCGUCGAUCGUCGCUGAAUUUGGGACAUUCCCUAUCGACACCACAAAGACCCGCCUGCAAGUGCAAGGUCAGAAGAUCGACCCGCAUCAUGUGGAGCUGCGGUACUCAGGCAUGGUGGACUGCUUCGUCAAGACCUCUCAGCAAGAGGGGGUCAAGGCCUUAUACUGUGGAAUAUGGCCGGCAGUGCUCCGGCAAGCGACAUACGGCACCAUCAAAUUUGGAACAUACUACUCAUUGAAACAAUGGGUGGCGCUCCGGCGCGCAGACGGGGGCUCGGUGGAGCAUCUGCCCACCAACACGGUGUGUGCGGCGCUGGCGGGUGGGCUGAGCAGCGCCAUUGCCAACCCUACUGAUGUGCUUAAAGUUAGGAUGCAGGUAGGUUCAGAAAAGCGCAACCUGGUCCGUUGUUUCAUCGACAUCUACCGCUUGGAAGGCAUGCGGGGCCUCUGGCGGGGCGUAGGCCCCACCUCCCAGCGCGCCGCCGUCAUAGCCGCAGUGGAGCUGCCAGUGUACGACGCGUGUAAGAAGAAACUGAUGGCCAGUUUAGGGGACUCUCCGCUGAACCACUUCGUGUCUAGUCUCGUGGCUAGUCUGGGGAGCGCUGUUGCCAGCACGCCGCUUGAUGUUAUACGGACGCGGUUAAUGAACCAAAGAAAAAUAAAGGGACAAUUAGCGAAAUCACACGAGACGAUAUACAAGGGAACUGUCGACUGUUUCAUGCGGACGGUCCGCACGGAAGGCUUCCUGGCGCUAUACAAGGGCUUCAUCCCGACGUGGCUGCGCAUGGGCCCGUGGAACAUCAUCUUCUUCAUCACGUACGAGCAGCUCAAGCAGUUCUACUGAACCAGACAUCGUGGAUAGAAUGAUCUGGAUGAUUUCUGAACGAAUGGGUUGUCGACUCAAAGUCGACAGCGAGCACGCGAGCUUAAUGUAAGUAGUAGAAUAAUCUCCGCCACUCGGAUGACGUCAUAACGUUGCAUUUAUAUCGAUUAUUUACCAAAAAGAUGACGACUCGAAAUAUAAUGUACCUUCGGUUAGCCUGGGAAGGUUGGCACUACUGGCAGCUUAGAUCGACAUACAAACAAAGCCUGAAAGCGUGCCAGGUGGGUUGGGGCGCGGGAUCUUUUUUGAGGCCAGAAUGAUUUUCCGGAUCUGUGUGCAAGGUGUACAGUCAUUAGGCUUAAGUACUAUGGGUCUUAAUAUACUGUAAAAUGUGAUAUGAUUAGAAUGAGAGCAGGACAGAGAUAUAGUACAUCACCUAGUGCGAAGGGAACAAGAGAUAUGUCAGUCUAAUUAUAUUGAUUAAAUUAUUGGAAUAAUUUAUUUCGAUUCUUGUUUAUUAGUUAAUUCGUUGUUUCUGUUAAUAAUGUUAUUGGGCAGUCAAAAAGGCAUAAAAUCGGGUUUUUCAGCCGAUUUGUCCAAAGCCAAUUUUGAUCAAUUGGAAAUAUAUUCUCAAGAAUCUAACCUGUUUCAAAUAUAGACUUUAUCUCCGUAAAGUCUAGUUAAGAACUGACUGUCUUAUACGUAUAGUUAGUUGUUCAUAUUGUUAUAAUUAUAAACUUGUAUAUUGAAUCUAUGUUGUGAAUUGUAUAUGACUUGUAAGCACAUUAUACUUUGCAAUGGUUGGAAAAACCUCUCAGCCUACCCCUCUAGGGAUACAGGCGUUAUACUAUGUUAUGCUACGUAAAUAUUUCUCAUAUUAUAAUAUAUCGAAAGCGGUGAACGGAAAUGAACAUGGAAGCAGUCUUCAGGCAUUAUUGACGCCAAAACUCACACAAAACACACUCACAGUUAGCAAAAUAAUCGUAAACUAAAAUUAAAAAAGAAAAACGCGCUUACGCUGUUUUGUCGCUGGCGCGCGCCGAUUUAUACCUUUAUGCCACAGAGCAAUAAACGCCAGAUACGACGGUAUGAGUUUGAAGCCCCGUCUCCCGCGGUACGAUUUUCGUGUUUAUUCCCGUUUUCCGUUCGAAACUCCUUAAAUAGAUACUUAAUCGUUAAAUGAAGUGUGGAGCUGACAUAUCAUUGAGAUUAAAGGCACCUAGUGCCGACUAGUUCCUAAGGUGCUGAUCUUGAAAUAAAUUGCAGUCAUGUUAAAUAAUUAUUUAUUUUAUAAUUAUAGAAGCGUAUUUUAUUUCGAUAUAAUUCGCGUGGAAUUUGAAAACUGAGUAUCUUUUUAUUGUAUCUUUUUUCUCUCCUUUUUUUCUUCUUCUUCUCUUCUCUUCAAUAAUCAACCUCGUCAACCCUGGAUUAGUGUUAUUAUUGAGCCGCCAAAGGCCCUUGAAUAUCUUGGUGGUAGAUAUCACAGAUGACUUGAACCUAUUUUGGUAGGACAUUGAAGGCUGAUCACCCGAUUGGUCCUAAAUAAGGCGAGUCCGAGUGAAGUAGAUUUGUCGCAGGCAGCAUUUACUACUUGUCCAGACAUUUGAGGAGCGUUGGGGCUCACUUACCUCAAGUUAAAUGUAGGUAGAGUAGAAAUCUGAUAACGUUUUCAAGUUCCACUUAAUGUUGUUAGGGGCUUUACAAAGGUGACAAUUUCAGUCGACUGCAACCACGGAGCAGUAUAAAAUGCAAAGAAAUAUCUCAUUGUGAAGUCUCUAAACUGGUGACUGCUUCCUCCUAGAAUAAGUAGACAAUUGUAUAUAAUUAUAAUCUCAGCCUGCUGUGGGCUUUUCUAUACGUUUAUUGUUGAUGUUAUAGACAUUCGCUGUUUUCUCAAACUCGUGCUAUGUUUUACUGAAAUCUGAAGCUUUCGACGACCUUAUAAGGCUCCUAUUGCUUUUAUUAAUAUUUAUUUUGUUAGAGAUUAGUUUACUAAUAUUGUUGCUAUUGCCGAUUGAAUCGGUUUAUUUUUUGUGGCGAUCUUCCGAGUCACAAAGAGAUAGAUGAAGAUAACAUUGAAAUUGUAUAGAUUUGUUUAAGUAAAGAACUGGGUAUUUCGAUCGGGUUUACUAAAAAAAUAAGAGGACGUCGUAGAUUUUGGACUCAAUUAUCUUGGUCCCAAAGUCAAAAGUAAGAAGUGCAUUUUUCACUGGCUGGUAUUUUACGCUUUGGGACCAAGAUUAUCCCUCCCGCCUUUAAGUUGCGUUUCCAUAUGCAAGGGUGCAUGAAAAGUGGAGCUGCGCUAAGCGAGGCUAGCUAAAAGCGAGUCAGUUGGUUGUUAACAAACACAUUCCUCGCAAAACGCAGACUUAUCCCGUACAGUCAUGAGCAAUAUAAUGUACCCACUUUAGGACUCUAUCGCACUAACAUAUUUGACAUUUAGUCAGACUUACAGUUCAAUUUGACAAAAAAGUUAAUGUGACAUGGUACCAAAGUGUAUACAUAUUAAUGCUCGUGACCGUACACAGAGGCUCCGCUGUGGAACGAACAUUGUAUGAAAAUUUAACGAUGUCCGUUUAAAUAUGAUUAUGUUUUGAACAUCGAUUAUGGACGUACUAACUGCCCUGCGAAUUAUAAUAUUACCAUUCCGUCUUGCUACCAGGGACUCUGCCAAAUUGUAAUAUGUUCCUGCUUUUAUACAUUGUAUCUCAGUAGGGGAGGAUAGUUAGGGUAGUGUAAGUAUAGUGAUCAUAGGACGGCUUCUUCAGAGCAUAGCUCUUGGCGACGACAUUGAGGUUUUGGUCAUAUUGUUAGAAAGAAAGAAAUAAUUUAUUUUAGCUAUAAGUAGAUAGAUACACAGUGGGAGCAGACAUAAUAAGUAAUUAAACCUUAUCUCUAAGAAGGGGACAUCAGCUCAGCAAAAUGUUAUGAGACUCCGUUAUGUGUCCGUUAGGCUUCGAAAUUUUGGAGGUGCGGGGAGCCUCGGGGCUUAACCCCUUAGGUACAACUUUUACUAGCAUCUAUGUUCCAAUGAAUUAUGGAGCUGUUCAUUUAGAUACGGUCCAUUCGGGCUUAGCUCUUUCGAAAUUUACGCUACGUAGACUAAACAAAGCACAAAGUUGUAUAUCAGCAGCUUUACUUGAUAGAUAGAUAAAAUAAAUUAUUUUGUCUGGGUAAAACACAUAGGUGUGGUUUGCCCUUAACAUCUUAAUGCCGUCGCCACUAAUGUUGUAGUAGUAUAGUAGACUUUAAGAUCAACGCACUUAGGUUUGUUUUACAGUGAAAUAUGCACACAGUCUUCGGGAAAGUCCAGGCGCGAGAUUUUUAUGACAUCCAAUAAUGAUGAUGAAAAUACGAAACCCCGCGCUCUGGGCUCGUUGUAGCAACCAGGGAUGCUUUGCCUGUGUGCCUCUUUGACGAACUUUUUUAUGGACAUCCCCUGGUCCAUGGUUAUUUUAUAUAUCUUAUUAUUAAACCUAAGUGUGUGAGUUUUAAAUAUACAAGGUCGUAGAAUGCUUAUAGUGUAGGCGCACUGUGAAUGUAAACAUGUAAUGUACAAAGAAUUAGCCAAAUUACUAAACUAAUAAAUUAUACACUGUUGA